AUGGAGUUCACCCUCCUCAACCUUCUCCUAGUGUUGUCCCAGGUCGGGUCGCGACCCGCGACCCGACCCGAAACCCGGGUCGCAGCGACCCGACCCGAGAGGUGGGUCGGGUCGGGUCAGAGACCGGGUGCAUUGACACACCCGACCCGCGACCCGACCCGACCCGGUCCCCCAGGUCGGGUCGGGCAAAAUCCCUCGACCCGACCCACCUCUGACCCGACCCGACCUGCCUCUGACCCGACCCGACCCGACCCGGAACAACACUACCUUCUCCUCUUCCUGCCCGCUGUCGCCCUCUGUCACAAGUUCCUCUAUCGCUCCACACGUCGCUCCCUUCCUCUUCCUCCCGGCCCGCCGAAGAAACCGCUCAUUGGCAACCUACUGGACCUACCGGCUAACCAGCAGUGGCUGACCUUUGCUAAAUGGAGCAAGGAAUACGAUUCUGACAUCAUCCAUGUAUCGGCCCUGGGGACGUCGAUUGUCGUCCUGUCAUCCCCUGAAGCGGUGAAGGAGCUUUUUGAGAAGCGCUCGGCCGUGUAUUCGAGUCGGGUCCAAGCGCCUAUGGUGAACGAGCUCAUGGGCUGGGGUGGAUUUAUUGGAUUCUUGCCCUACGGAGCAAGAUGGCGGAGCCACCGCAAGGCUUUCAUGCAAGCUUUCAAUCCUGAGGUAGUGAAGCAGUUUUAUUCGCAGCAGCGCAACGGCGUGCACAGUCUGCUGCGCCGCAUUCUCGCACAGCCAAAUGACGAUGUCAUCGGGCAGUUCUGGAUAUUUGCCGCGGGAAUUCAGGCCAUACCGGUACUUUACUAAAGAAAAGUGCUCUAGUGACCGGCGAAGCUGUUCUUCAGAAAAGCUUGUAGUCUACAAGUAGCUGAUCUACAGAAGACUACCGGGCCCUCAUGCAGCUUCGGCUAGCGAAAUCCGGCACCCGGUCCCGUUGCUCAUUGCCUUGCCGCCUCCCGCUCCCUCGCAUCAAUUCUCGGGCCCCCGCCCCACGCAUCAAAUCCUGCCACCUCCCUUCCGCAUCAAAUCCCGCUUCCUGUCAAUCCCUCUGCAUCAAUUCGGUUCGCCACUCACUUACAUAAUCAUGCUCGGCAUUGCUGCCCAGGGCCUCCUCCCGAAUCGGUCACCUGCAUCAGUGCAUCAUUCCCGUAGUUACGCAUCAUUCGCUUCCUAUCCCGCCUUGCUGGCUUCGCUUCAUUGAUCCUCCACCCUAGGGUCUGUAGCUUCUUGAGAGAUGUAUUUAUUCCUUAUGGUAGCCUUUUGUGUGUGACAGAUCUGCAUAUGAGAUGACAU